AUGCUACAACCACGGAUAGCCCACCGUUUUGGACUUUCCCUAUCUAAAGCGACGCCAAUUUACACACGCAGCACAUCACUCCUUCAACGACCGCGAACCCUCCCCGGGCGCCAAUUCACCUCCGCAUCCACCCUCCGCAAACCAGCGCAACCGUCCACGCUGCCGAAAGAUGAAGAAACCUUCGUCCCCCAACCCCUCGGCCGACCGAUCGGCUUCUCCGCACCCCCUCAUCCCGGCGAAAACAGCGGCUCCGCCAAGGUAAAAAAAGACUACAGUGGCAUGACGCUGAAAGAGCGUAACCUCGCGAAGCGCGCGGACCUCGUCGAGAAAUGGGGCACCAACUACUUCCGCGACUUCAAAAACAUCCGCAAGUACCGCGAGGGCAAGACCUUUGUCGCGAACCCGCGCAUCUUCAAGAAGGAUGUUGCGAUGUACUUUCCCAACCUGCACGGAGACACGCUCGAGGGGAGUGGCAAGGAUACAACGAAUGUGCUAAAGGGCAAGGUCAGCGUGGUGAAUCUGUACAGCAGUGCGUGGGGCGAGGCGCAGGUCAAGACGUUCACGGGAACGAGUGAGAACCCGGCGUUGCACGAGAUCCUGAAGGAGAGCGAGGGCGUGGCGCAGCAGGUGGAUAUUAAUAUUGAGGAGAAUACGCUCAAGGCGUGGAUAGUGCAGAUGUUCGCGUGGAGGUUGAGGUUGACGAGGAAGAAGGAGGACUGGGGGAAGUAUUUCGUGGUGAGGAAGGGUGUGAGCCAGAUGGUGAGGGAGAGUAUUGGGGCGCUGAAUGGGAGGGUCGGGUAUGUGUAUCUUGUUGAUGCGGAUUGCAAGAUUCGGUGGGCUGGGAGUGCGAAUGCGGAGGGGACGGAGAAAGACGAUUUGGUGAAGGGACUGAGGAGAUGUGUCGAGGAAAUUAGAAACCCUCAGGCAACGUCGAAACCGAGACUCGUCCUGAAGAACGGGGGUACCCAUAAGACUGAGACUUCAGCGUAG